AUGUUUGGCCUUCGCCAGUCCUUGGGGGUGGAGGGGCCGAGGCGGGACACGUGCACUUGCAACUCACUUUGCAAUUUCUGCUCUUGGGAGCCGUGUGGCUCGCAGCCAAACCUGGGGCUACCGGGCUACCAACGAAGCCGCGCCGGCCGCUCCGCGCGUCGCCCGCGGAGCUCCUGCCGGAGCGGAGAGAUGAGCGCCCCAAGCGCCCCAAGGGCGAAGGAGGUGCGGCUCAUCAUGGAGACAGUUGUCAUCGGUGGCAGCUACAUCCUCAUCAGCGCCAGCUUGAUCGCCUUCAACAAGCAUCUUAUGAGCCCCUCGCGGUUCCCCUAUGCCAAAGCCAUGACGGCCAUGCACAUGCUGGUGACGAGCCUCAUGUCCUUGCUGCUCUACACCCUGGCCCCAUCGCUGUAUCCUUCUAUGGGAAAGGCCCGGGAGAACUGGAGGACCGUGUUGCAGUACAUCCUGCCUUUGGGUAGCCUCUUCGCCGUUGCCCUCUACUGCUCCAACAGGGCCUACUACUACUCAACUGUGGCAUUUUUGCAGUUCUGCAAAGAGGGCAGCGUGGCCAUCAUCUUCACUAUGUCCUGCUUGCUGGGCUUGCAGGCUUUCAGCUGGAACAAGGUGGGCAUCUUGAGCAUCGUUGUGGCCGGCUGCUGUUUGUGCGCUCAUGGUGAGAUCAACUUUGUGUGGACAGGCUUUGCCCUGCAGAUCACGUCUCAGCUGGCGGAGUGUUCCAAGAACAUCAUAGGGGAGGUGGUCAUGUCUGGCGCCGGCAUGAAGCUGGACGUGCUGACCUUCGUGCUGUUCCAGGCGCCUUGCUCCCUGGCGCCCUUGGCGCUCAGCGUGGCGCUCUCCUGGGAGCAGGGCAUUUGGGAGGCCUUCCUGGCUCACUGGCCAAUGAUCUUGCUCAAUGCCUUGAACGCCUUUGCACUGAACCUUCUGAUUGCCACAGCGCUGAAGCGACUGUCAGCCGUGGCCUUUGUCAUCAUUGGCAUUGUCAAGGACAGUGUGAUUGUGGCUGCUUCAUCCAUGAUCUUCGGGGACCACAUCCCUGGCCAGCAGCAGAUUGGCUUCGUCAUCAUCAUGACUGGCAUAGCCUUUUGGAGCCACCUGAAGCUCAGGGAGCAAGCGGAGAGCGAGAAGCUGAAGGAGACGGAGCCCUUGACCAAGUGGCCGAGCCCUGCCGUUCUGGUGAUCGAGCAGACAUCUUGGCUGUUCAAGCUGCAAACCAAGGCUGCCAUGCCCAACGCCGUCAGAUUCUCGAGCCGCGUCGCAGCCUUUGGGCUCCCAGUUUUCAACGAAGCCUUGGCCCCGGCGUCGCUCUGCCGGCUGGCGCUUCUCAGGAAGAUGAGUGGCAUGAAGGAGUUGAAGCUGGUAGUGGAGACAGUGGCCAUUGGUGGAUGCUACAUCCUCAUCAGCGCCAGCCUGAUCGCCUUCAACAAGUACCUUAUGAACCCCGCACGCUUCCCCUACGCCAAAGCCAUGACGGCCAUGCACAUGCUGAUGACCACUCUCAUGUCCCUGCUGCUCUACACCGUGGCCCCCUCCCUUUAUCCCUCCAUGGGCAAAGCCCGGGAGAACUGGAGGACGCUGUUGAAAUACAUCCUGCCCCUGGGCAUGCUGUUUGCCGUCGCCCUAUACUGCUCCAACAGGGCCUACCUCUUCUCCACCGUGGCCUUCCUGCAGUUUUGCAAGGAGGGCAACGUGGCGCUGAUUUUCGCCAUGUCCUGUGUGCUGGGCUUGCAGGUGUUUACCUGGAACAAGGUGGGGAUCUUGAGCAUCGUCGUGGCCGGCUGCUCUCUGUGUGCCCAUGGCGAGAUCAACUUUGUUUGGAUGGGCUUUGCCUUGCAGAUCACUUCUCAGCUGGCGGAGUGCUCCAAGAACCUCAUCGGGGAGGUGGUCAUGUCCGGCGCCGGCUUGAAGCUGGAUGUGCUGACCUUCGUGAUGUUCCAGGCGCCCUGCUCCCUGGCGCCGUUGGCACUCAGCGUGGUCUUCUCCUGGGAGGAGGGCAUUUGGGAGGCCUUCCUGGCUCACUGGCCGAUGAUCCUGCUCAAUGCCUUGAAUGCCUUCGCCCUGAACGUUGUGAUCGCCACAACUUUGAAGCGGCUCUCGGCCGUGGCCUUUGUCAUCAUCGGCAUCGUCAAGGACAGUGUGAUCGUUGCCACGUCGUCUCUGGUCUUUGGUGACCACAUUUCUUCUCAGCAGCAGGUUGGCUUUGUCGUCAUUCUGACUGGCAUUGCGUUCUGGAGCCACUUGAAGCUCAAGGAGCAGGCGGAGCACGAGAAGCUGAAAGAGACGGAGCCCCUGGCAAAGGAGUCUGCACGGGUCUGA